AAGAAAAAAAAAAUGUAUAUGUGUCAUUUUAAGUGAAGUGUCAACAUACCAAUCUUGGGAGAGGGGUGUAGUAUGUUAUGUUUAGCGAAAAAAAGCAUUUAUUUCUUGAUUCAGUCUCACACUCUCUUUCACCCUCCAAACUCCAAAUCCAUGUAAACUCAACCACUACAAACUGAAACAACCUACGGUACAUCUAUUAUUUAUUUCUUCUUACUCAAUCAAUGUCACACCCAAACCCUAAUUUCUCUCUCUGUCACCGCUCCAUUUGACUUCACCCACCGAACAACCCACUUUUCCACCCCUUCAUCACUAAUCCCUAUCAGAUUUCAGCUUGAUGGGUAAAACAAAGCAAAGGCAGCUUGUGGCAGUCCCUACAAAGCUAAACAACACCUCAAGGAAGCUCAUUGAUACUUCAAAUCCCAAUCCUGAUCCUGAUCUUCAUUCAGAAACUAGUUGGGUCAUUGUAAAGAAACAGAGGAUCACCAUCCUGGUUCCUUCACUUCCUGUUGCUGAUAGAUCUCCACAGCUAAACCUUGAAGCAAGUCAGUCACAGGCUGUGCCUAUGAAAAGGGUAGAUAAUGGUGUAGAGCAGCCAACUGAGUGGUGGAAGAGGUCCAUGCCAACUGUUUCUGAAAAGGGUAUCCAAGUUAAGAAAGCUUCUGGUGCUCAGAACUUUACAACAUCAACCAAACCAUAUAGGCAAGACCGAAGAGUGGAAUCAGUAAACCCACACCAAGUUCGUACAUCCAUGUCUCACAGAUUACUUGGAAUAUCUAACACUUCAAGAAAUAUCAUGGCGCCAAGACUAUUACUCCAUGGCCAUAGCGGUUCUCAUGCUGGUGGCACACCCUUGCAUCAAAAAUUGAGGGCACUGAAUCUCGAGAGGAAGCUUCAGAAAGCUGGUGGGUUGAGCAGGUGGCUUGCCUCUCUGGGUCUGGAACAGUUUGUGAGGAUCUUUCAGAGGAAGGGUCUUAGUAAGUUUCACUUGGUGAACCUAACCAUGAAGAAGCUCAAGGAUAUGGGUGCAAAUGCUGUGGGGCCUAGGAGAAAACUUAUGCAUGCAAUCGAUUGCAUUUGCCAGCCUUACUGUUUUGAGACCUUGUAAAAUGUUUAUUUUUCCCCUAGGAUUUAGAAGCUAUGUUCAACUUUGAACCAUUGUAUAAACAAACGAACUUUUGUUAUAGGUUUUCAUGUACAUACUAGUUCAGUGGUAUGUUAUUUUAUUUAUAUUACUCAUUCACACAGAAA